AUCUUGCAAUCCAAAUCAACCACCCACCCCAUCCAGGCGCUUCUCGCUUUCGGAAAAAGGAAAGGAAGAACAGAGAAAGAAAGAAGCCAGAAAGCCUCGAGUGAAGUGAGCCAUGGCCUCAGCAACGUUCAUAGAGGUGAUCCUCGCCAUCAUCCUGCCUCCGGUCGGCGUCUUCCUGCGCUACGGCCUCGCCGUGGAGUUCUGGAUCUGUCUCUUGCUGACCUUACUGGGGUACAUACCGGGGAUCAUCUACGCGGUGUAUGUGCUGGUGGCUUAAGCAACGGCCUCUGCUGCAGGGUCCAGCCCUGGACGCGCGGGCGGCUGUGCAAGAGCAACAGAUGCUGUGUUCAGAGACCAUGUGUUGAUCAGUUCGUGCUUGUUUAUGUAUGUAUUGAUUGAGUAUUGUGGAUUUUUCUUUCUUUGGGACUCGGUAUUGUUGACCUGUGAUGUGAUGAGUGUGCUUGUGAUCUUAAAUUUAAAGUAUUGGACGUCGAAAUGAUCCUUCUGAAGCAA